AUGCUCAACCUUACCAGCUUCCCUACGACUACUGCUACCUACGAUUCGAACUCAUCCGAGAUAGAAACCGCGUGCAACGACUAUACUUUCGUACCAGAUUUCGGUGGCUACAAGUUUCAUUGUCAGGCAAAAACGUGGAACGAUGCUCGUUUGGAAUGUAAAAGAGAAGGUGGUCAUUUGGUGGUGAUAAAUUCGGUGGAAGAGGCGUACGUGAUCACGCAGCUUUUUAAUGCCUCAAGAUCGGGCAUAGUCGAUGCGGUGUACACUACAUACGCUUUUGUUGGAAUACAUGACAUGUUUGAGGAUGGUCAGUUCGUUACUCUUGAUGGUAAAACGCUCGAGGAGGCUGGAUACAAUGAGUGGGCUGCAGGAGAACCUAAUAAUUUUCGAAAUCAACCCGAGAAUUGUGGAGCGAUCAAACUCGAUGGGAAAUUGAACGAUACGCAGUGUCAUUUGAAGUUCGCUUUCAUCUGCGAAUGCAUUACAGCAUCGACAUCGUAA